AUGAUCCCCGAAUGUCCCCGCCCCGGGGACUCGAGGAGCCGGGGCCGCUUCGUGUACAGCCCGGCAGCCGAGCCGAGCCCGAGCCGUGGCGCCAGCGGCUUGUUGACGGAGAUCCAGACCAGCAUCAACAACCAGCCGUUCACCGACCACUACACCAUCAUCCCUGGCAAAGAGCUCGGAAGGGGGAAGUUUGCCGUGGUCAGAAAGUGUGUGGAGAAAUGCUCGGGCCAUGAGUACGCUGCAAAGUUCAUGAGGAAGAGACGGAAAGGCCAGGACUGCCGGAUGGAGAUCAUCCAUGAGAUUGCAGUGCUCGAGUUGGCCACAGUUAAUCGCCGGGUGGUCAACCUCCACCAGGUCUAUGAGAUGGCUUCUGAGAUGGUGCUUGUCCUGGAGUUUGCGGCUGGAGGCGAGAUCUUCAACCAGUGUGUGUCAGAAGACGAGGCCUUCAGUGAGGAGGAUGUGAAGAGGCUCAUGAGGCAAAUCCUGGAGGGAGUCACCUUCCUCCAUCAGAGCAACAUAGUCCACCUCGACCUGAAGCCUCAGAACAUCUUGCUGACCAGCAGCUCUCCUCUGGGUGACAUUAAGAUCGUGGACUUUGGCCUGUCCAGGAUGGUCUGCAGCCACCAGGAGCUCAGGGAGAUCAUGGGGACCCCAGAGUAUGUUGCUCCGGAGAUCCUUAAUUAUGAGCCUAUAAGUACAGCAACAGAUAUGUGGAGUAUUGGUGUUUUGGCCUAUGUGAUGCUGACGGGCAUCUCACCGUUUCUGGGCGAGGACAAGCAGGAGACGUUUCUCAACAUCUCCCAGCUCAAUGUGAGCUACAUUGAGGAGGAGCUGCAGCAGCUGGACCAGGCCGCACUGUCCUUCAUCCAGAUGUUGCUCCUCAAACAGCCACAGGAUCGGGCCACAGCAGAGCAGUGUCUCACACACCCAUGGCUUCAGCACUCAAAGACUCCGGAAACCCAGACGGUGGAGGAGAUCCUCCCAAUGAAGGAGCAGGAGGUUUCCAGCACCACCAGUACACCUGAAACUCCCAGCUGCCUGACUACAGCUGUGGAUGAGAAGGAGGAGGAAGAAGGGCCCGUUACAGAUGAGCUGAUCGUCUUGGCUGCCUACACUCUGGGUCAGUGUCGCCAGUCCUCCACUUCAGAGAAGGAGGCUCUGGCCGCUGAGCAGAAGGCCAUCUCCAAACGCUUCAAGUUUGAGGAGCCCUUCAGUGCCCUGCAGGAGGUCCCUGGGGAGUUCAUCUACUGACCCCAUUUACCCACAGGAAAUGUUGCUGUUGUCACGGUAACAAAAAUAAACCUUCUGUUUAUUCAAACUCUCCUUCAUAUAUAUUGUACAUGUAUAAUACGAUGCUGUUGCACAAUCAAAUUGAUUAUAUUUAAGAAGUGGGAUUUAAGUUCUUUGUUUUAAGUACCUACUCACUUAUUUCUCCCAUAAUGCGUCUCCUUGCUUGAUUCCCGCCAACUCCCACAUCCAAGCAGGGCAACAGUAGGUUUAUUUCACUUGUAUUUCAUUUGGUUUGCUGUUGUAGUUUUAUUAUCUCUUAAAUAACUGGCCAAAUGUUAGACAAAUGUGUGACAUCUGACAUAUUUCCAUACGUGAAGACUGCCUGCUUUUAAAUCUCCAGGGUGCAUUUCACAGCUCCAUGACUCCACUGUAGAUUCCAAAACUCCCUAAAUCUUUUUUUUUCCCUUUUUCUGAAUGGAUUUAGCAGUUUGUAAAUUUGCAAGUUGUGUGCAAUAUAAAUCCUCAUCCUUAAAUAAAUAAACCUAUACAAAAAAAAAUCUACUUGUUGACUUAGAUUCUAAGUUAAUUUUUAUACUGGAAAUGAUGCUAAUAUCAUCACCAGUUCUGUUUAGAAGGUCUUUUUGAGCUUUUUGUCGUGUGCUACUAUCUUCCUCUGUCGUCCAGUUGUCAUGGCAAAAAUCGCUCUCAGAAAAAUAAAAAGUCAACAACCACAUCUGCUCAGGAAGUUAGUGUGAUACGACCAAAAGAUCCAGAGCAACUCAUAAAUCGUAUUUAUAUAAUUAAGAAAUAAAAUAUAUUUUUUGACCUUCACGAUUAAUAGUAUUAUAUUAAUGAAGGUCACAUGCGUAACGAUCAGAGUCUUCACCUGCAGCAGAAGGGCAGUCCGGACAUUUGGAUUCCCCCAGAGACAAACAGAGGAGGAGAAAUCAGAUAAACAUGUUGGUUCAGUUCCUGCGUUUCAGGACGGAGGUAGACUCAGCGCAGAGGGGCUGGAGCACUUUGUCGCUCUUCUGAUGACAUUAUUUGUAUAUUCACUUUGUAAAUUAGAGGAUUUAUCCUUUAGUAUCCUAUAAGUUCAUACUAUGUUCUGAAAAACUUUAAAGUCAGCAUAUGGCAGUCUACAUGCAAUCAUAGAUAAACGGCUCAGCACAACUGCUGAUAGACAAAGACAGGCAGGUGCGCUGUCAAUGUUCUCUAUGUCUCACAAAAGAUUAAUAUGUAUAUAAUAUAUAAACAAUAAAAGAGUCUGUGUCCGCAGUUAACUGUUUUUAAACUGACAUCAUCAACACAAAGAGAAACAACCUCAGCGUAAAGCUUAUAUUACCAUUGCAGUAACAGCGCUUUCACGCCAAAGUAGUUUACUAUUUGGAACACUGCUGAGGUCCUGAAUGUUACUCCUCUCUCACUUACCAAUCAAUAAAAAACUCGAGCGAUUUAGUUGUUUUCAUACUACAAGUGGCCACUAGGACAAAACAUUUUCAGUAAAUUGGACGUAUCGAGCUCUCCUAAGAAGGUUCUUUGUGUAAUAUUCCUAAAAUAAUAAGUGGACUUCAUUCAGCAACCAGUUGUUCACACAUGUGCUCAUAAGUAGGUAUGAGUGUGUAUCCCGAGCAACAGCAAAAAAUAGUGACGUGAUUGCAUAAUGUUGAUAGAUGAGGUAAUUAAAGUUAAACUGUGAUUAUAGUUUGACUACAAACAACAUUUGUGACUAGAAACAGGAUUUCUGAAGUGUAACAUGGUUUUCAGCUUGCCAGCUGUUACAAUGUAGACUGGUGACGUAGGUACAAUGACUAUAUACGAUAUGUUGGCCUUAGAUAGCAAGCUUUGUCACUCUGUUUGUCAAGCUAAGCUCCGACUAUUAUUGAUGUGAUCAUUUCCUUUGUCACCCUGAUCGUUAAUUUUUCAUGUUUCAGCAUUAUAGAGCAUAUACCUUCUUUGUUUUCUUUUUUUUAUGACGGUACCAAGAGUGAGCUGAGACGAUGAGACUCCUAAACCAACAUCAACUGUAAACAAAUGAUAGUAGGUAGAAACAACAUCUACAUUAAACCCACAAAGGAACAGGUUCUGAAGAACUUUGUGCGGGGGGACACUCCUUGACUUUGAUGUCCCCCUGAAAAUCCUUUACGUAAAUAUAAUUUCACAGGCUAGUGUAUGCAACCAAUGAUUAUUCUGAACUUUUAAAGCUAUGUUACCAUCUGCUCAAAAAACCUUUCUUACAUCUAGGACCUUUAAUACAGGAGUAUGUGAUUUAACCAGUGAGAGAAGCUCAGGUGGAAACAGAAACAAACUGUUCUAUCUAAAACGUGUUAGAUUGAGGUUGGAUCAAGACAGAGUGUACCUUGUACACGUGCUGGAAAAGAGCCAAUCAGAACAUAGGACUCUUGGUGGUCAUGGUCACACUGAAAACAGUGAGUGUUCUGACGUGUCAGUCAGUUUUCAGCCACAUCAUUACAACAUCAGAACUGGUUUCAAUGUUGUGGCUGAUAAGUGUAAAGUGGUUCAGGCCUUCGUUCUUUGAGUGAACACUGAUACCUAACCACCAUGUUUUGAUGAGGAGGCAGAGGGCAUUCUGGGUAAUUAAAUGUCACUGAAUAUUGUAGAAAAAGACGAUUUACUUUGAAGGAAAUUAACAACUAACUCCUGCCACUGAUUCCACAUCAUCUGUUCAACUUUUCUGCUUAAUUUAUUGAUACUGCUGGAGGUGUUGGUUUAAACUGAGAGUUCUGCUUUUCCUUUGGAAAUCUCUCUUUAGUAUGCAAAAGUGUGUAUAUAGAAUACAAUUACAGUUCCAGUCAUGGUAUAUGUGCAUGUGUACUGAUGACCGGGUUUUGACUGUUUGUCACUCUCAAUAACAAACAGUUAGAAAACCCUUUUUCAUGCUCAUUUGAAUCCAGAAGCCAAAUCUGUGUUAAUCUCUGUCUAUUUCCUCAUAUUUGCUGUUUUUAGAACCAGCUGCUCCAAACUCAAUCCUGUUGGUGUCUUUAUAUUAUCUUUUGUAUUUGGUGCCAGGCUUGGAGAUAAAAUUUGGUUAUUUUUAGCUCUUGCUGUUUUAUUUCAGGUGUUUCUGUGUUAUAUUGCAAAUAUCUCUGAGACAAAGUUCUGGAGUUUUCUAAUCCUGUGUCCUGAUGAAAAUGUUGUUUUUAAGAGGUAUAACUUGUUUAAAGAGCCAUGUCACAUACAGUACUCCUCUCACAUAGAGGACUGACCAUCCCUGGUGUCAGCUUUCUCUCAAGCAAUAAAGACAGAUAGUUUUAAAUGUGUACACGUUGACUCCAGAUUUCCACUGGAUCUGUGCUGUAAAUUUGUGUCCAUGAAGCAGUGAGUUACUAAAGGAAAAGAUUUGUUCAUGAGUGUCCCCUCCUGUAAAUAAACAUUUCAAAAGCC